AUGGGUGUAGAGUCCGAGAACUGGCAAGCCUUGUUCACUACCAUCUGCUGGCUACUCUGGAGAAGAAGAAAUGAGAGAAUACACUCCAACACUAAGAUGGAAGUAGGAUCCAUAUACCCAAGAGCUUCAGCAAUAAUAAGCUGCAUAAAAAUGACUCCUAAGAAACUAACCAACAUGCAAACGCAUCCGAAUGAUUGCCCCGGAGGUGACCACACCCGUGUGAAUACCAGACAGAUGGUUCAGGUUGACGGAGCUUUUUCUUUCUUAACCCAAACAGCAGGAUGCGGAGGAAUCUUAAAAGACACAGAGGGUAAAAUCGUGGAAGGAUUCUACCACAGACUUGACAAAGGGGACGCCUUCACUGCUGAAGUAUGGGCUUGCCUCUUGGGUCUCCGAAGAGCAUGGGACCUGGGAUUCAGAGACCUUAUCCUUAUGAGUGACUCCACAAAUGCACUCCAUGCGAUUGAGACAGAGCCAACUGAUACACACGAAGACUGGAACGUGAUUAUGGAGAUAAAGGGUAUGCUGCAACGAUAA